AUAUUUCAAAUAUAUAUAUGAAAGGUUUUAGACUCUUCAUAUUCAUAAGAAAAAACUAAAACAAUAAAGACAAAAAAAUCAAAAUGAUAUCAAUAAGAAAAUGUUAUUUUUUGGCGUUCUUGUGUUUGGCGAUUCUCUUGACUCUAAAUCUUGCGGAAGCUCAAGAUAGGAGUAAGCUAAUUCCUAUAGGUCCUUGCGCACAGAUUCCGAACUGCAGUCAGACAUGCAAAAAUUCAGGCUUUGCUAAAGGCGGACAAUGCAUCAAAUGGUAUCCUAAUUCUAUUAAGUAUACAUGUGCGUGCUUUGUAAACGCUGCUACACCGGCUGUUUAAGAUAAUAACUCUUCAAAUUUGAACUAAAAAGAUCUCAAAUGACUAUUUAAAUAGAAUAUUGAAGAAAUAUGUUUUAUGCAAAUAAAAGUGCAUUUCAAUUUUAA